GAAAAGAAAGAAGAGGAAGGGAGAAAAAGAGUCCUUAAAGGUUGUACCUUCAGAAGGUGGCACCUUUAAACUGGGAAGAAAUGCAACAACAGUUGCUGCCAAGGUCCUCACAGGCUGGCGAUGGGCUGCGCUGGGUUUCUAGGGGAAGUCUGUGAACGUGACUCCCUGGCUGUUGAGGACCGUUUUGAUACCUCCGUCGACAUGAGUGCCUACCUCAUGGCCUUUCUUGUUUCAGAUUUUAAAUCAAUCAGCAAAAGAACUGCUCACGGAGUUAAAGUAACUGGCUCAUUUUCUAAGAGCUUUUUUGUAUUUAAGUCUGUGAUCAACCACGCUCAUCCCGCGUGGGAUGUGGCAGAGAAACUUUUACACUUCUGGGAGGAUCAAUUCAGCAUUCCGUAUCCUUCGCCUAAACAAGAUUUAGCAGCUCUUCCUGAUUUUCAGUCUGGUGCUAUGGAAAACUGGGGACUGACCACCACAUACCGGGAAUCUGUGUUGUUGCAUGACCCUGAAAAGCCUCCAGCAUUUUUAUUUCAACUAUUAAUGCGGUGGUUUGGCAGCCGCAUUACCAUGGAGUGGGGGAAUGAUCAGUGGUUAAAUUAAGGGUUUGAAAAGUUUAUGGAGUUCAUGUCAGUCAGCGUUACCCAUCCAGAACUGAGAGCUGAGGACUAUUUCUUAAGGAAAUGUUUUGAUUCCAAGGCAGUGGACGCAUUAAAUUCAUCACAACCUUUAUCUACUGCUGUGAAAGAUCUGGCUCAAAUUUUAGAAAUGUUUAAUAAUAUUUCUCAUGAGAAGGGAUCUUGUAUAUUAGAUAUGUGGAGGGACUGACUGACUGCUGAUGUGUUUAAAGCUGGGCUUGUCCAGUACCUGCAGAAAUACAGCUCUCAGAAUACAAGAAAUUAAGGUCUGUGGAACAGCAUGACAAAGAUCUAUCAACAGGAGAACACGUUACCUUAA